AUUUUUAUAAUAUCUCUACAUGCAAUUCACAUUUAUAUGACACUUGAUCUUCUCUUAUUCGGGGUAUCAACUUAGAUGAUUUAAUAGGCACUGAUCAUUCUGGUCCUCGUAGUGAACAGCUGAUCCUUGGAUGUUUGAGUGGCUUCUCUUUAUUCACCUGUCGCCAUUUUGAUGCCUCUUUAAGAUAUACAACGGUAAGCUGGUUUUUAAAUUGGAAGUUAUUUAUUCACUUGUUUCAUUAGUAAGAAUGGUGUUAAAAAUGGUUUCUAAAUUUGUUCUUUCUUUAUUUUCAGGUAUGCUGGUCGAAAUGAAUACUCGUCUGCGAAAUAAGUGUGUUGCCUGGUGUUUGUUUGGUACGUAUUUGUUGACAGCGCAGUACGCCCUCAUGAAUCGUGAGAUUUCUGCCAUGCGGCGCUCCACUGGGUUCGAGCUAGGAGAAUAUGUGGAAGUUCGAGAUAUUUUUAUAUCAGCCAGGUCAAGUAUUCUUUUCCAUGGUUUGCUACAAAAAUAUGAUGCAUUAUCUGAUAGAAUGCGCUUAGGUUUUCCUACUUGCGGAGUCCACUUAUUCACUAUGCAAUUUGCUAGGACUUCUCCUGUUAGCUUACCGAUGGAAAGAACAUGGUGUAUUUAG